AUUGCCGACAGGAUCCAACAAUUCUCUCGACGAUGGAGGGGCAGUAGAGUUUUUUGUUUGUUUCUCUUAUCCUCUCAACUUCUUCAUCUUCUACUCUACUCCACUUCGCCUUCCACCUUUCCAAUCCCCUCAAUCUUCACAAUGGCGCCCGAUCUAUCCAAAAACCGCGCGCUUAGAAUCGUAGCUCAUGCUGCUGAAAACAAAUACGCGAUUCCCGCCAUAUGCUGUUACAACCUCGAGUCGAUACUUGCGAGCAUCAAAGCCGCAGAAGCAAAGAAAUCGCCCAUUCUGAUCCAGCUCUUCCCCUGGGCCAUCCACUUCGCAGGCGGCGUUCUCGUACACGCUGCCAAAGAAGCAGCCGACAAUGCCUCCGUCCCUGUAGGUAUCCACAUGGACCACGCGCAAACACCCGAGAUUGUAAAACGCGCCGCGGACUUGGGCGGCUUCGAUGGCAUCAUGGUGGACAUGUCGCACUACGAGAAGGAAGAGAACUUCCGACUCACAAAAGAGCUGGUCGCGUACUGCAACGAGCGCGGUAUCAUCACCGAGGCGGAGCCGGGCCGUAUUGACGGUGGCGAGGAUGGCGUUGGCGAUGUCGCAGCCAUGGGUCUUGAGGCUAUCCUCACGACCCCCGAGCAGGCCGAAGACUUUGUCUCCCUGGGCAUCAACUGGCUUGCCCCCGCGUUCGGCAAUGUGCACGGCAAAUAUGGUCCCAAGGGCCCGCAGCUCGACUAUGAAAGGUUGAAGCGUGUGCAUGGCCAGGUCGGCGAUAGGGUGCAUUUGGUGCUACACGGUGCUGGCGCCGAGUGGUUCAGCAACAAGGAGAUUCUGCAGGAGAAUAUCCAGUGUGGUAUUGCGAAGAUGAAUUUGAACGAUGCCAUCAACAACGACUUUAUCCGCGUCAUGUCGGAGAAGGCGGCGAGCACGCCUCUGACUGCGCUGUUGGAGGAAGCGACGAAUGAGAUGCAGAAAUCAGUGGAGAAAUUCUGUGACUGGAUGGGGUCGUCGGGGCAAGCAGACAAGAUUCAAUUGUAG